GGUGCAUUUCUUCCCUAUCACUCCGUUUCCCAUCUUUCGUUGCGAUAUAUCCAGUUUCUCCACCUUUACCCUGUUCGUAUCGCUAACUUGUUUGUUUACCAUCUCGUUUUCGUCAGCGCCUUUUUCUGUUGUCCGUUUCACGCCUCGUUACUAGAUACAUCUUCUUUUGACAGAUUCAUUUGGCGGCGAAGGCGCACGGAGUGCUUGGCUGAGUUCGCCUCGUCCCCGUCGCCUCCAGGUGCGGACAUCGGAGCUCACCUAAGAGUGUCUCGCUGCUUCGAUUUUCUACCUAUACCCCACCACCACCUCCACCGCAGCAGAUGAACUCCGCAAUGAAUCCGGUGACGACCGUGAGUGGGUCGCCCUCCAUGCCGCCCACGACCGUCGCUGGCGCUGCAGCGGUGCCGGCCGCCGGUGCCACACGUGAAGACCCGUGGCCGCAGAUGGAGAAGCAAGUAGGCGCGAUGCUGGCGGAGCUGGCGACGCAGAUGCAGCGCUUCCGCGACACCGCCAUCCCAACCGUCAUCGCCGAGAACGAACUGUUGGAGUCGGUGUCGAGCUGCAACGAGGCGGUGGAGGACAUGCGGUUUGCCCUCGACACCGCGAUGGAGCACCCGGAAUCUUUUGCCAUCACGGCCGAGGAGCUGCAAAGCCGGGCGGAGCGAAUUCGGGCAUGGGAGCGAGACAUGAUGAAGGCACAGCAACUCGCGGAAAAGGUGCAGGCGGCGCAGCGGAAGCGAAUGGCGGCGGCGCAGGACGACGGCGGAGUGGACAGCGCCACCCGCGAGAACAACGACUUCCUUCGCCAGGAGCAUGAGGUGCAGCACAGUAUUAUGCAGCAGGACGACGCCACGCUGGACCGACUGUCGAGCGGCAUUCACCGGGUGAAAGACACGGCGGUGAAUAUUCAGGAUGAACUGAACACGCAGGAGCACAUCUUAGACAACAUCGACCGCGGCAUGACGCGCGUGCAGCAGCGUCUCGAUGGUGCAAUGAAGAAAGUGGGCAAGCUGAUCGACUCGACGAGUGAUAAGGGGAAGAUGAUCUGUAUCGCGGUGUUGGUUGUAAUUCUGGUUGUUCUUAUUUUCGUUGUGAUUCGUUAG